GGGCCUUGUUUGAGCCUGAAUAUGAAGGUCAGUGGAGAGCCUUGAAGUGGGCUGUGGAGGACUUCAACCUCAAUCCGGAAAUUUUAAAUCACAAGAUUGUUCUCGUGGAGAGACAAACGCUGCCCCCACAAGACAGCUUUCUAGCACAGAAGAUAGUAUGCAAGUUAGCACAAACAGGCAUUGCAGCUGUUUUUGGACCCGUUUCACCGCUAUCAGCAGAGCACGUCCAGUCAGUCUGUACCACACUGGAGAUCCCACACAUACAGUGGCGAUGGGAUCCGCGGGACUCCAGAGACUACUUCUCCAUCAGCUUAUAUCCACACUACCUGACGCUGAGCCACGCUUACAACGACGUCAUUCGUUUUUGGCAAUGGCGAAAAUUUACCAUUCUACAUGAGAACAAUGAUGGUCUGACUCGAGUACAGGAAGUGUUGAGAGAGUCCAAUGAUUCGCCACCUCAGAUCACUGUGAGAAAACUGGUACAGACAAACAACGAUUACAUUGCUCUGCUUAUGGACCUGAGGAAGAGAGGGGAAGAAAAGUUUGUGAUUGACUGCGGGAUUAAGACAGUCAAGCCAUUUCUUCAUGCAGCUUUGAAGUUAAAGAUGAUAUCGGAAACCUACCAUUACUUCUUUACCUCGCUGGACCUGACUCUGUUGGACUUAAGAGAUUACAUGUACGGAGGAGCUAACAUUACCUCGUACAGACUCAUAGAUCCCGACCGGAAGAAAGUCGUCAAAGUCAAAUCUGAUUGGUUGAUUCGGUCAAAAGCAGGAUAUGAUUCACCGCUGAUGGAGUAUUCGGAAAUUGAGACAGAAACAGCUUUAGUCUAUGACGCAUACGAGCUGUUCGCCAGGGCCGUGCAUUCAUACCAGGAUGUCAAUGCUGUAGUUCUGUCGUGUGACAAGGCCUCUCCCUGGAUUCACGGAAGCAGUUUACUCAACCACAUGAAAUCGAUAAAAUUUGAGGGAUUGUCUGGCCCAGUCAGCUUUGAAAAUGGAGAGAGAUUGGAUUUUCAACUUGACCUUAUUUAUCUCACACAGAACGAAUUCAAGAAGGCUGGAACAUGGGAUCGAGUGAAAGGUCUGAACUUUACUCUGACUGCGGAAGAACCUAACAACACCAUCUCUGGUAGAAAAUACAUCGUGUCCACUUACUUGACUGAACCCUAUGUGAUUGUGAAUUCAUCGCACCCGUCGGGUUUCUUUGGCUUCUGUGUGGAAUUGUUGGAUAUGAUUGCCAAGGCUCGGAACUUUACCUGGGAGAUUCAGCUGCAGCAGACAGUGGGCAAACCUCAGCCAAAUGGCACCUGGGACGGAGUCAUGGGAGUUCUGAUUAACAGGAAAGCUAAUAUUGGAAUUGGUGAUCUAACCAUCAACUUAAAGAGAGAGAAAGUUGUUGACUUCACAAAGCCUUUUCUGACCACAGGAAUUACCAUCCUUAUAAAGAAGCCAGCACCAAAAUCAUUGAAUCUGUUCUCAUUUCUCUCCCCUUUAUCAGCAGAUGUGUGGGUGUACAUGAUUGCAGCCUACCUGUGUGUCAGCUUCAUGCUGUUUGUCAUUGCUCGGUUCAGCCCCUACGAGUGGUGCAACCCCCACCCUUGUAACCCUGACAUGGAUGAGGUGGAGAAUCAGUUCACAAUCAUGAACAGCCUCUGGUUCACCAUUGGUUCUCUGAUGCAGCAAGGAUGUGAGAUAGCACCACGGGCACUGUCAACUCGAAUGGUCUCCGGCAUGUGGUGGUUCUUUACCCUCAUCAUGAUUUCCUCGUACACGGCCAAUCUGGCAGCUUUCCUCACUGUUGAGCGGAUGGUUUCUGACAUCAACAGUGCCGAUGAUCUGGCUAAGCAAACCAAAAUUAAGUAUGGAACAUUUGAGGGAGGAGCUACAAUGGAAUUCUUUAAAAAUAGCCGUAUAGAAACAUAUAGCAAAAUGUGGACUUUCAUGAACUCCACACCAGAGUUCAGUUUUGUGAAGAACCUAACGGAGGCCAAGGCUCGUGUAAAAACAGGAAUGUAUGCUUACAUCACUGAGUCCACAACUGCGGAGUAUGUCAUGUACAGAAACUGUGAUUUCAUGAAAGUCGGUGGACUGCUAGAUUCCAAAGGGUAUGGAUUUGCUACCCCUCAAGAAAUGGGGCCUACCCAUGAAUCCUUGCGGGAGGUUCUGACAGAGGAAAUACUGCGGCUACAGGAGGAGCAGGUGAUCGAUGACCUCUACACCAAGUGGUGGAAGAAAGAACUCGGAAAGGCAGCGGAGCUGGGAGUGGAAAAUGUUGGUGGAGUCUUUGUGGUGCUUAUGGGCGGUGUGGUGGUUGGAUUUUUCUUGUCCGUAUGUGAGUUUCUGUGGAAGGCAAGGAAAAAUGCUAAAAAGGAUAAGCAAUCUGUUUGUUCAGAGAUAUCUGAAGAAUUUCGAUUCGCUGUGCGUUGUCUUGGCAACAAGAAGACAAACAGAAAACAUGAAGAUGAUAUUUUCGACAAUGGCCUCCAGUUUAUGCCAUUGACUGGCUACACCAAAAAACCACACGAAAAAGAA